AUAUACGCGAUACGGCGAGAUCGGAGGUGGAAGAGGAAGAGAGAGGAUCGGGAAAGGUGUUGGGACGAGAGUAGGAAGGAUAAGUUGGGCAGAAGAGGGGAAAGCGAGUCGUGGGUUGCCUAUCAGCAGUUGGUUGCACGGAGUGGUGGAAGGUUGGGCGGUUACAGGUUGGCAAGUUCUCGUUGCAGCCGGCAGAUGUCGAGUGGUCGCGCCCCUAGACAGGGUCUUCACCCCUGAAAAGGUCAGCUCAGGGGCGUAGCGGUCGUGGAAUCGACGCCCAGAAACGCCCAUCGUCGACCCUCCCGCCGCUUCCUCGCCGCAGACGCUUCGCGGCAACCAACUGGACAACCAGCCCGGCCUGGAUCCACAGCGUCGCACAACGGUUCCGUUGAAACCCGCGUCUACCAGCGCCGUAACAGCCGAACACCAACUCUCUCUCCACGUUUCGUCGUCGAUCGUCCCUUUCGUCGAGCAUCGCGUCCCUCUUCGUCCUGAUUCUUCGUGUCCUCGCCACGUUCACGAGCCCCUGGCCUCGGGGCUCCCGCCUCGGUUUCCUCUCCUCGUUCGAACGGUGCGGCGUUUGGUGCGCGUUUGCUCGUCCCGUUCGUUAACCACGACUCGAUCCUCGACUCUUUCCACGUUCGACCUGGGUUCAAGGGGCCAAGGAGGGGCGCGAAAGUGAGAGUGCGAUGGGUUAUGGACGUAUCGAGAGGAGUUCAAGGCGGCACGACGGGUUAGUGAUGCCUAGGGAUCUCGGUGAGGACGAUACCACGCCUCGUUCUCGGUUCGACUGUCGGUCGAAGUAAUGAACUGGCGGCACCGGUGGACCGGUUCUUAGUGCGUGUCCCGCUCGAACAGGUAGUUUCGCGAUCGAGAUGGGAGAUAAAUACGAAACUCAUCGUGGCAACCCGUCAUGAACUGGGCUGAACAGUGUCCGUCGGCAAGAUACCGGGGGAGGAAGAGUUUACGCCUAGUGAUUGUAACAGAGGCGUAGAGUAACUGAAACGUGUGUGAAAUAUUUCCAAGUUUUCGGCGAAUGAAAAGAAAAGUGCGUCUCUCUAACGGUAGAAUUCUAAAAUACUAUGCGAUACUAUGCGAUUGAAAAGGUAUCCAAGAGUUAAUGAUCCACGGACGGCUGAUGAACGGACAGGUGUCCCGUGCGAAAAUGACGAUCCCUCCUGGAAACGUGCAACGGACGGAAUCCGUUAGGUAGGUAGUAACUUUAAACUUGUCCCAAACUUGUCAAACUUGACAAGUAGAACAAAGGGAAUAAAACGAAGGGAGUAAGACGAGAAAGAAAAAUCCUUGACCGUCGUGAUGGGAGGAUCAAAGUCGAGCGAGGCUUAACUACUAUUGUUCCUUCUUCUUCUUCUUCUUCUUCUUCUUCUUCUUCUUCUACUACUACUUCUUCUUUUUCUUCUUUCUUUCGAUCGACUCGACGAAGGAGGAAUUCGGUUCCAAGAGAGGAGGAAGAAAACGCAAAAAAUAAGAGAAAGAAAAAAAAAAAGAUAAACACGUAGAAACAUGUCGAAUACGCCACCGGAAGCAUCCACCUGUUUAGAUUCGAACGAUCUCCACCACGAGAUCAGGCAGAAUCACCUGGCGACUCGAUUGGAGCUCGACGAGUCCGAGAAACGCGAUCAGAUACGAGGAAGUGACGGCAACAACCCUGACAGCGAUUGCGAAAGCGACACCAGCGAAGUGUUGAGCGUCGGUAGCGAACCGACGCCCACGAGCGUCGUUGGAAUCCGUGGUUGCGGCUCGGUCAGGUAUGACCAGGAAUCGGCGAGCAGCCGUGGUGGUGACUUUCGCGACGAGGAGAACACGAGGACGUCGGCGACACCAUCGCCUUCCAGCUCAACGAGCUGCAACGACGCGUUCUAUCAGAGGACGACUAAUCACGUCUCGGCACCAAGUCCACCGGCUUACAGUCAACCACCUUCGUCGCCCACGGCGUCCUCGGUCAGGUCACCGGCUUCCUCCUCGGCCACCGCCUCCUCCCCGGGUCGGCCCGAGGCUAUUCAAGACGUCAUAGUGCCCAGGUAUCAGUCGAAUCAUCCGCCGCAUUUGUUACCGCGUUAUUCGUCCAGGGAGACCGAGAUCCCCGAUUAUCCGGCUCGGGUCCAGCACAGCCUGAGUCACGAGAUCGUUUACCCGUCCGUGGAGAGGUUGCACAGGACCCCGAUCAGCGUUCCACUGGUCACCAGAUUGUCGUUGUCACCACCGUCGGCCAUGACGGUUACCGGCCUCCAGGCUACCACCCCUGUCCUCCAUCCGACCGCGUGCAGGGAUCCACGGGAAACGGCCUCGUUGAUGCCGCAUCCGGCCCAGCAUUUGCAUCACGCCAACAGCCACGUCCACCACCUUCACCAGACGUCCCAGGUGCAACACGUGCCCGCCAAUUCGGUGCACCAGCACCGACUCUCGGUCAGCAAAAUCCUUCAGAGGGAGCCUGGCAGCCCUGCCUCGCCCGGCCCGAGGGAGGAGAACGGGAGAACAGGGAUCCACGGUGGCGCGAACGGUGUUCAGAAUAACAAUGGGAUCAAUAACAGUAACCAUCAUAAUAAUCACAACAACAACAACAACAAUAACAACAACAACAACAACAACAAUCUGCAGCACCAGGCCGGCUUGAAGUUCAGUAUAGACAACAUAUUGAAAGCGGACUUCGGCAGAAGGAUCACGGAUCCCAUUUCGUUGAAGAAGUCCCGGCCGAAGAAGGUGAGCUCGAGGCCCAUCGACCUGACCAAGGACUUUCUAGAGUCGGCCACCGAGACGACGGAGAAAAAUAGCUCGGAAACUAGCUCGACGACCAACGCCACGUCCGGUGGCGUCACGACCGCCAAUCCUGCCUCCAACACGCCCGGCCCACCUGUAACCGAUCCUGGAAAGCAGUUGCCUUGGCCUGCCUGGGUCUACUGCACCAGAUACUCGGAUCGACCUUCCUCCGGACGAAGAUCGUACCGUGUUGCAGGUCCGCGCACGAGAAGGGUGAAGAGGUCGGACGGCCGUGGCAAUGGCGGCACCCCGGAGGAGAAACGGCCGAGGACGGCGUUCAGCGGCGAACAACUGGCCAGGCUGAAGAGGGAGUUCGCGGAGAAUCGAUACCUGACCGAGCGGAGGAGGCAGCAGCUCUCGAGGGAUCUGGGCCUGAACGAGGCGCAAAUCAAGAUCUGGUUUCAGAACAAGAGGGCGAAGAUCAAGAAGGCGAGCGGGCAGAAGAAUCCGCUCGCCCUUCAGCUGAUGGCCCAGGGGCUUUACAAUCAUUCGACGGUUCCGUUGACCAAGGAGGAGGAGGAACAAGCGGCCGAACUUCAAGCGAAAUGACGACAAUAAGAUCGAUCGAAUGAUUCGGUUUAAGAAGAUACAGAGAGGAGAAACUUUGUUCGUUUCGUGAUCUCGUGAGAGGGGAUGGGACUUGAUGAUUUCUCGCGGUUGAACCGGUAGUAGGGGAUGAAAAUGGGUUUGUUAUAAGGGAAUGAACGUUGGUAGUUAGAUAAUUUAAUAGGUUCCUCCUGUUAAACUUUUUUUUUUUUUUUGCGAAGGAUCAUCAUUGAUUGUCCAAAGAGAUCGAUACGUUUUUUCGUUUCAUCGAUCGAUUGAGCGAUAAAUUCUUUCUUUCGGGUGAUUGAUUUCAUCUCAGAAAUCGUUAAAUGAAAAUUUCUCUUUUAUCGAUGAAUAAAUAUAAUUCGUACAUUUAUGAGUAAAAUAUAUAUAUCGAAUCGUCCGACGUUUAAAUUAAUUUUCGGAACGAUACACGCAAAAUAACUCUGUUUGGAAGAAACACGAGUGAAUUUAACGUUCAAUCGUUAGAUACUCUCGAUAUUCUGAAUCUCGGAAAUGAUCGAAGGAUCGUUUAAUAAUGAUCGGUUCGUUUCUAUGCGAUAUACACGAUUCGAGAAUAAUUUGUGGGAAAAUUCAACGCCGCCGAUCGAACGUUCAAAUUUCGUUUGUCUUCUGCAGCUUUAAUCCGAGAUUCUCUUUCUGGACGAAUCGGGAAAGCUCACGAGUUCUAUCGGUUUCACGAAUCGAAUGAUGGUGAUCGUGCUCACGGUGAUCGCAACGAUAACUAUCAUUCGAUCGACAAGCGAGGGGAGGAUGAGGAGGAAUCAGCACGCACGUUCCUAUGAAACGAGUAAAAA